CAAUUCUAUGGGCUCCGAUUUGUUUAUUUAUUCCAACCCGAGCCCUAUUAUAAGUUUCCCCCUUUAAAACCUCGAUUAGGGUUUUAAGACGGCGAGAUCAGAAGCUGUUCUGAAUAUGGCGAAAUUCAACGUCGUACAAAAGCGGCGGAGAGCCGCCGUGGCCAACCGGAAGAGGCAGGUACACGGAGACCCUGUCUCCCGGAAACUUCAUCAGAAAUCCCAGACCCUCUCCAUCUCCGGCAAGCGCAAGCGCAAGCUUCUAAAAAAAUGGCGCCGGGAUCAGAAAGAGGCGGUUGAAAAGGGGUUAAUCUCGAUGCAAGAUGUGGAGAUGGAGAUUGCAGAUGGGAAUUUGGAGCCAUCAGAAUCUGCCAGUAAAGCUGCCGUUAAGUUCCCAAUGAAGAAGAGUUCGAAGCUCAGAGUUAAGCAAUUGAAAAAGAAAGGUAAAAGCAAGAAAAAAUCUCAAAGACCUGCUGGGGAAGCCUCGACCGACUCCAUGGUGGAGUAAGUAGCCGAUCAAGCUAUUCGUAUUGUUGGGGCAAUUGCAAGCAGCCAGUUUUUGCAGUAUUCUUGAGGAUAAGGAAGAAAUAUUUUCUGUGCUAAUAUGAAACAUUUGAUUCAAGUAUAAUACUGAGCUUCGGUUUCAAGAUUGUUUACAUAACUCAAAUCUUGUUGAUUCACUUUAAACUUGAAAUUAUUGAUCUAUCAAUCAGUAUGGCAAAGUACCAAAUCCGUGUAUGGUGAGAAUGCCCUCAGAUAGUUUUGCGCUUUUGUAUGUAACUUAUGAGCGAUGGAGAAAUGUGAGUAUCUUCUUCGAAUCUCAGUGAGAUCGAUAAGCUUUAGCUUGGCAAAUUUGAAUCAUAUGUUUUCAAUAGAUAUGGCGAAAUGUAAGUAUCUUCUUCGAAUCUCAUUGAGAUCGAUAAGCUUUAGUUUGGCAAACUUUGAAUCAUACGUUUUCA